CUUUGGAAGGGCCAGUUUGAAAUCGAAUCGCGUUGUGUUCACUUCAAAUUUCACAAUGUUUUUUGUACUAUUUUUAUUAACGGCCGUCGCGCUGCUUUACGUCUAUCUCAAAUGGAAUUUCAGCUUCUGGGAUCGCAAAGGAUUUGUUUCCAUUCAAACGGCUAUUCCAUUUGGUGUCUUGGAUUCGGUUCGCAGGAAUAAACGAUCCUUCGGUCUGGCCAUCUAUGAUGCAUAUAAUGCCACGACUGAGCGAUUUGUGGGAAUAUAUCUGACACUGAGACCUGCGCUCCUGGUUCGCGAUGCUCAGCUGGCACAUGAUAUGCUUGUCAAGGACUUUGCCAGCUUCCACGAUCGUGGCAUUUACGUGGAUGAGGUGCAUGAUCCCAUGUCGGCGAGCAUCUUUGCCAUGGAGGGCAGCAAGUGGAGAGCAACUCGCACGAAGCUAACUCCUUCGUUCACCUCUGGCAAACUUAAGGGUAUGUUUCCCACUGCCGAAGAUUGCUCAGAAAAAUUGUUGGCUUAUUUGAAUAAAAAAUUGCCCGACUCCAGCGCUGGUGAAGUUGACAUGAAGAGCGUUAUGGCAAGCUAUGCUAUAGAUAUUGUUGCGUCGACUAUAUUUGGCUUGGAUGUCGAUAGUUUUACUGAUCCUAACAAUGAAUUCCGUCAAAUAAGCAAGGAGGUUAAUUCUCCCACAAUUAAGAAUAUUAUAAGAGGUGCAACCUCCUUCCUAUAUCCUGGUCUGGAGAAGAUUUUCAACCGUUUGGGCUCAGCAAUUGAUGGACAGGAACGUAUGCGUAAACUUGUACAUCGUACGAUCGCCUACAGAGAGGAAAACAAUAUUGUUCGUCGUGACUUGCUGCAACUUUUGUUGCAACUUCGCAAUACGGGCAAGGUGAACAAUGACGAUUCCGUCUGGUCGGCGGAAACAACUGCGGAGUCCCUCAAGAGCAUGUCUAAGGACAACAUCGCUGCACAGCUGUUUCUCUUCUUUGUGGCAGGAUAUGAAACAUCUGCAGCAACAGCAUCAUUCACUCUAUAUGAACUAGCGCAGAAUCCCGAUGUAUUGGCCAAACUGCGUGAAGACAUCAACCAAGCGCUCGAAAGGCACAACGGACAGCUGACCUACGAUUGCAUUCACGACAUGAAGUAUUUGGAACUCUGUGUUAUGGAAACUACUCGUAAAUAUCCUGGUUUGCCGCUGCUCAAUCGUAUUUGCACCAAGGACUAUCCACUGCCGGACAGCAAACUUGUCGUUAAGAAGGGCACACCCAUUAUCAUAUCCCUGCUGGGCAUUCAUCGGGAUAAAGAAUAUUUCCCGCAACCACUCACCUAUCAGCCAGAACGUUUCGCUGAAGAAACCCGCAACUACACACCUGCUGCCUAUAUGCCUUUCGGCGAAGGACCACGUCAUUGUAUCGCUGCUCGUAUGGGCAAGAUGAACGUUAAGCUUGCUGUGGCCAAAAUCCUAACCAACUUUAACCUUGAAACCCGCCUGGAGAAACGUGAGAUUGAGUUUUGCGUCAACGGAGUUCCUUUGCUGCCCAAGGGUGGUGUUCCUGUAAAACUUACAAAGAAGGCAAAUCGCGGCACUGCUUAAAAUAUUUGGAAAAACAUUCAUUCGGUUUUGUGGUUAAGCCGAAGCAAGUGAAAAUGGCAAAUUAUAGUUUAAGUUAACAAAGAUAUGUUUAUCUACUUACACUAAAAUGAUACGCUACCCGCUGAGUAGAAGGGUAUCAGAAGAUUAUGCCAACCAACAAAAAUAAAUGUAUGUC